GCAAGGGAGAAGCACAGAGGGGCAUCGAGUCACAGAUACUGAACAGAUCUGGGACCACUGAGUCAUGCUGCAAAACAGUCCCUACAGCUGCCUGGGCUGCAUGCUGCUGGCUCUCUGCAGCCUGAGGGCUGCCCUCGCCUUUCCCAACUCCUCUCCGCUGCUGAAUCCCAGCUGGGGGAAUGGAGAUCGCCUCAUGCACCUCUACACAGAUACAGAGAGGAACAGCUUCCAUCUCCAAAUCAACGCUGAUGGCUAUGUUGAUGGCGCUCCUCACCAAACCAUUUACAGUGCUCUAAUGAUCAAGUCCGAGGGUGCUGGCUCAGUAAUAAUCACAGGUGUGAAGAGUGGACGCUAUCUGUGCAUGGACACAAAGGGAAACAUUUUUGGCUCGCAUUACUUCAGUCAAGAGGACUGCAUGUUUAACCACAGGACACUGGAAAAUGGAUAUGAUGUGUACCAGUCUCCCAAACACAACUUCCUGGUUAGCUUAGGCAGGGUUAAACAAGCUUUCUUCCCUGGUAUGAAUCCACCACCAUACUCCCAGUUUUUGUCCAGGAAAAAUGAAAUCCCUUUGUUUCGAUUCAACACACCUGAGCCCCACAGAAAUACUAGAAGUGCAGAUAUCGAUCCAAUGGAUCCUCACCAGAUCCUGGUCCCUCAGAGAAAGAUCUCCGCAUUUGGAUCUCUGUUGCAGCAGCAAGCGGACUUUUCACAUGUGCCCAGAGAACCCAUGAGAAUCAACCAGAAUGAUGUGGUCAACCCAGAUGACCCACACGCUAUGAUGGAUGCCAGGAGGUACGCAAGUCCCCGCUUUUACAUUACAAGAUAACUGGAGCGCUACUAUUUGCAAUUCGAAGACACGGACAAAUAAGCAAAUAGAACUGUCUAGCACACUCUGAGUGUCAAAGUGGUUAUUAGAAACCUGAAGACAUCGGCAAAAAGUCCUUAAUUUCCAAUGUUGUCCCUAUAUAUAGAUGAAAGUUUAUUGGAAAAACAAUUUGGACAUUUUCUAGUUUGGGCUCUGUUUUACUGGAAAGAAGAUACAUUUUUGAAAAUAAUGAUACAAAC